CCAUUAUCUUCUUCAGUUCGCCAUUACAGAUAAGAUAACGCUAUAAACUGUAAAAUACAGAAAAACUGAGCAAAAAGUGAAGAAAAGAAGAAGGAAGAAUUAGCUAUGGCGUCAUGGGGUUCAUCUUCUUGUCUCCAAAAUUACAGCUUAACCAAAAACCCAUUUUCUGAAACAGUGAAAUUUUCAGAAAGAACUUCAAUUUUAACCAUUGUUGCUCAGAAAAAAACCAAGAAAGUACGAAAGAUAAUACUGAAAGAGGAUAUUUCACAGUUGGGUAAAAAGGGAGACCUUUUGGAUGUUAAAGCUGGAUUCUUUAGGAAUUAUUUGCUACCAUUGGGCAAAGCUCAAAUUGUGACCGCUGCACUUAUCAAGGAAAUGAAGAUGGAAGACGAGAAAAUUGAGGCUGAAAAACAACGGGUGAAAGAUGAGGCACAACAGCUUGCUCGAAUUUUUGAAACUAUUGGAGCCUUCAAGGUGAAGCGUAAGGGUGGGAAAGGAAAGCAAAUAUUUGGAAGUGUCACUGCUCAGGAUCUCGUUGAUAUUAUAAAAGCACAGAUACAGAGGGACGUGGACAAGAAAAUUGUCAAUCUGCCUGAGAUUCGAGAAACCGGAGAAUAUAUUGCUGAAUUGAAGCUGCAUCCAGAAGUUACAGCUCGAGUAAGGUUGACAGUGUUUGCCAAUUGAGCAUAGGGGCUUUCUGGUGCAGUUGAUGCCAAGUCAGGAUUUUGCUGUAUCGGCUCGCUGGGCCAAGGUAGGGAGGAUGCUAAUAAACAAUGUAAAACAUCAAGAUUCAGACUCCACAUAUGGACCCCAAGUUUGUAAAUGAAUUUUCUUCUUUUGAGAUCAUUUAUCCUGACCUGUAACAUCAGUCU